AUGUCCCGCGGAGCCCUCGCCAGGUUGUUCGCCCUCUCCUUCCUGGUGGCUGGAGCGGCGGCUCAAGAUUUCGCCCAGACGCGGUUCAUCUGCACCUCAAUCCCCUUGGACAUGGACCCCAUGUGCUCUGCCCCCAUGCAGAACAGUGGGCCGGUGGAAGACAUCAAGGGCACUAUCCUUCAGCUCCGGGAGACCAUACUGCAACAGAAAGAGACGAUUAUAAAUCAGAAGGAGACCAUCAGGGAACUGACCGCCAAGCUCAGCAGAUGUGAGAUUCAGAGUGGGUCUGAGCCCUCGGUGAGUGAACUGUCCGGACAGCCAUUCCGCAUUAAGCAGUCAGGAAAGAGUAGAAAUCCCAUGGGAGAUCUCUCUCUAGCUCAAGCGGAUACAUUAAAUCAACUUGGACAAACUUUACAAUCACUCAAAACACGCCUGGAGAAUUUGGAGCAGUACAACCGAGCCAAUGUUUCCGUUCAGACAAAUAGCUUGAAAGAUCUCCUGCAGAACAAAAUCGACCAUCUGGAGAAACAGGUUCUGUCCAGAGUCAACAGCUUGGAGGAGACCAAAAACGCGGUGCGAAACGACACGACGGAAAACCGGGGCAAAAUUGAAAAUGCCCUCAACUCUCUCCACCAGAGGAUCAGUGACUUGGAGAAAGGACAGAGAAAUUCAAGACCGACAGAUAAAUUCCAGAUCACGUUCCCUUUAAGGACCAACUACAUGUACGCCAAGGUGAAGACAAGUUUGCCUGAGAUGUACGCCAUGACUGUCUGUAUGUGGCUGAAAUCCAACGCCUCUCCCGGGGUAGGCACCCCCUUCUCCUACGCUGUCCCGGGACAAUCUAACGAGCUGGUUCUCAUCGAGUGGGGCAAUAACCCGAUGGAGAUUCUGAUCAAUGACAAGGUGGCUAAACUCCCUUUCCUGAUUAAUGAUGGGAAAUGGCAUCACAUCUGUGUGACUUGGUCUACAAGAGAUGGCGUUUGGGAAGCCUAUCAGGACGGACUGAAAAGGGGAAAUGGGGAAAACCUCGCACCGUGGCAUCCCAUUAAACCGGGUGGGAUCAUGGUUUUGGGCCAGGAACAGGACACGUUAGGAGGUGGUUUUGAUGCCACACAGGCCUUUGUGGGUGAGAUGUCCCACUUUCACAUGUGGGAUAGAGUCCUAACUCCAGGGGAGGUCUACAGCCUGGCUAACUGCAGCUCGAAGACCUUGGUGGGCAAUGUCAUUGCAUGGACUGAAGCCAAUGUUGACAUCUACGGUGGCGCCACCAAGUGGACAUUUGAAGCGUGCCGCCAGAUUAAUUAA